AUGGUAUCAUUAAGGAAUAGUGCCAUAGUAAACCGAGUACGAAAUGUGUACAGGGAUAACACCAAAGACUCCGCUCUUGAGAGUUUAAGACUUCAGUCUGUGAGCAUUUCAAACAUUCGCAACUUGUCUGCGGGUCUUUCGAGCUCAGACUCCAGCGAACUGGAUCUUGAAAGUAGUCAUUCAAGUCUCCACUUUAAUUCCAGAAAACGCUUAAAUGAACGGAAGGUUAUCAGAAGCCGUUCACAAUCUCUGGAAUCAAUUGCUUUACAAAGGAAUAACACCUUCUCACAAAAUGAUAAACGUUUACACUACGAUAAUUCUUUACAGUAUGAAAAUGGAAUACAGUGUGAUAACCAAUUAGAACAUAAUGGAUUACAGUAUGAAAAGGAAGAUUCUGGUGAAUCUGAGAAUAUGGAUGAGUAUGAGGAUAGAGUUGAGGAUGAAUAUGAGAGUAUAAUCGGUUCUGAUGAUGAAUAUAGAACAGCAAGUGGAACGCAAGAGGAUAUUAGCCCAUUGGAUUUAUUAAUGAACUUUACCAAUGAUACAAAUGAUAAUGUUGAUAGGGGAAAGAGUAAAAUUUCUUAUAAAACAACUCAAAGAUAUAAUUCAAGUGAUAAUUCUAAGCUUUUAAAUUCUGAUGACAGUUCUAUUACUACUCCUUUAUCUAAUUUAUUACUCUUUGAAUCACAGGUUAAUGACAAUAUAAAUAAAUCAAGGACUAAACCCGGAAAUAAAAUUAAACCAACUCUAAACCAUUCCAACAAGCCAACUAACAACACCAUUUACACUGAUAUUAAUGUUAAUGGAGUUGAUAAUAUGAUUGAUGCGGGUUAUAUUGAGAAUAAAAAAUUAAGGUUAAAUUUUGAGCCUAAAUUGUCUGUGGUCGAUGAUUAUAGUUAUGUUCCUUCAAGAGUAGUGAUAAAUAAAAGUACUUUCGUCAUUGGAUCAGACGUAUUUUGUGAUCUCGUUUUGCCAAAAAAACGCUUCAAAUUCAUCGCUCCAAAACACGUCAAAUUUGUUCUAGAACACCCUAUUACUGAUCAAUCCACUAGUAAACCUGUUUCUAAUAAUUUGGAUUUUAGAAUAAAAUUAUCUCGGUGUUCAACGAGUGGCGCGUUAUAUUUGAAUAAUAAUUUCAUAAGGGGAAGUUCAUAUAUUGAGAGUGGAGACGUCAUUUGUUUAGGGCCGAGGAACAAUUUUUUGGCCUUUAAAUUUUACUUUCAGGAGGAGAAUUCAAACUCACAAAAUCAAUCAGAUGAUAGAAUAGUUAUCAGUGAUGAUAUUAGUUUAAUGGAUGUUAAGAUUUUCGUGUUCCAAUUACCCAAAACAGUUAAUACCUCUAGGAAUGGCGCCAAUACUCAUAGAAGCAGCUAUAGUGAUGAUGAUAGUGAUGAGGAAUGGAGCGAAAAUAAUUACAAAUCACCGUCUAGACGCUAUUUUAGCCAACUCAGCCAUAACACUAGUGGUGUAAAUAGUGUUGAUAGUACUGUGGAAAAGUCUGGAUAUUAUAGGUUAAAAAGCCCGGUUAGGAAGUAUAAUUUUAUACAACAAGAGAUAAAAGAGGCUGAGACUGAGGAACAGUUUGAUAAUUUAGACUCUAAGGAAACGGAGCCUUUUUUACAGUUUUACAGCUCAGAAAAUAAAAAUAAUGAAGAACUCAAUCCAAAUGAAGAACUCGAUUUAAAUGAUAAAGUGGAUAUAAAUGAAGAAAUAGAUAUAAAUGAUGAAGAUAUAAAUUCCAAAUCAACUCCUAGAAAUGACCAAUACAAACUAAUCGGAAUUAUUGACUGUUGGAAUAAUAUGGCUAUUUCUGAAAUAUUACCGGACUUGAAUGAGAAAAUGAGUAAAAAUGUAGAUGGAAAUAAAAAGGGUAAAUAUGGAUUAAUAGUGAAUAAUAAGGAAUUAAAAGGGAAAGAGUUGGAAUUGAAAGUAUAUCAACUUGAGCUUUUAAACCGUGAAAUUCCGGAGAUCAAAGAUGCACUUGAUAACUAUAAUAACUUCAAAGAUAAUGAAAACUCACUUGAAAACAUAAUCAAAAAUAACCUCUGUAAAAUACUUUUCGUCAAUCUCAACUAA